GGAGGCGCCUGGUGGGGUUUCCUCUCUCGGCCCCAUGCUGUGCCCUUCUCGGCAGCAAGGCCCUCUGAAUCCGUGGGGAUUGUGCCGAGACUUGUAGGGGGAGGGAAGGUGUUGAUUGCAGGAGAGCAAACCGGGGAGGGGAGGAAAUGGGGCUGGGUGAUCAGCAAGGAUGGGGGAGAGUGUGUGGGGGGGGUGCCCCCCCUCCAAGGAAUGGGCCUGCUGCCCAAAGGGGCUGAGGCUCUGGAGGAUUUUCUUUGGGGGGUUUUCGACAGAGGGCGGGAGAGAAUCCAUUUUGGAUUGGAUGCAAGGAGGCUGCGUCUCCGGAGGGGUUCCCAGGGCUGUAUCGGCCCAUCCUAAGAAUGCGUGAAGCAUUUUGGUGGGACUCAAGAUGCUUCACGGUGUACCAGCCCUGCUGGCAGCAACACCCCUGUCGGGCAGGCCACGUUGGAAGCCUCUGCCUGCCUGUGAAAGCAGCGGCUGUUUCUGGAUGAUCUUCCGCCAGGACAGCUCAGCGACCACCAUGCCUUUUCUGCACGGCUUCCGGAGGAUCAUCUUUGAAUACCAGCCGUUGGCCGACGAGAUCUUGGGCUGUUUAGGUCUGCAGGAUCCGGAGCGACAGGAAACUCUAGAGAGUCCCAGCUAUGCGGCCGAAGGUGACACCGGAUUACUGGUCCUCCAUGAGAUUCUGGAGAGAGAAGCUCAUUCCCCGUUUUACCAGGAAGGCGUGAGCUACGCUUUGCUGAAGGUGGCCGAACUCGGGCUGGUGCCUGCUGCCGAAACCCUUCUGCGCAGUGGGGCAGAUAUUGUCUUUGAAGAUCCGGUCACCUAUUACACGGCUUUGCAUAUCGCGGUGCUUCGAAACCAGCCGGACAUGGUGGAGCUCUUGGUGCAGCGUGGGGCAGACAUUAAUCGGAGAGACAGGAUUCACGAGAGCAGCCCUUUGGAUCUCGCGAGCGAGGAAUCGGAGCGUCUGCCCUGCCUCCAGCGUCUCCUGCAACUUGGCGCCGACAUCAACGCGGCUGAUAAAAACGGAAAGACGGCCUUAUUGCAUGCUCUGGCGAGCAGUGACGGGGUCCAAAUCCACAACACGGAAAACAUUCGCCUCUUGUUGGAAGGAGGAGCCGACGUCAAGGCCACCACGAAAGACGGGGACACCGUCUUCACCUUCAUCAUCUUACUUCUCGGGGAGACCGUGGGAGGAGACCAGGAGGAAGCCCAGAUGAUCCACCGCUUCUGCUUCCAGGUCACCCGGCUGCUGAUGGCCCACGGGGCCGACCCGAGCGAGUGCCCGCCCUACGAGUCCCUCACCCACCUCUGCCUGAAGAACUUCCGCCUCCACUUCCCGCUCUUGCGCUUCCUGCUGGAGUCCGGGGCGGCCUACAACUGCUCCCUCCACGGGCCGUCUUGCUGGUCGGGCUUCGACCUCGUCUUCGAGCAGCUGUGCUCCCACCUCAGCGAGUCCGAAGACGACCGCUUCUCCGCCGACCUGCUGCAGAAGGCCGAGACGGUGCUGGAGCUGAUGGCGGCCAGCUCGCAGGCCGUGAAGCUGCCGAGCAACUUUGAGGUGAACCCCGGCAACUGCCGCUUCCACGGGGAGAAGAUCAAGGCGCUCUUCAGCUCUCUGAAGCAGCUGGAGCGCUCCCCGCCCGGCCUGAAACACCUCUGCAGAAUCUACAUCCGGAAGCACCUCAGACCCUGGCCGGUGGACGUGAAAAUCAAGCUUCUGCCCCUGCCCGACCGGCUAAAAUGGUACCUCCUCAUAGACCAAAGCAGUUCCACAGAAGAGGACGUGUGACUCCGCGGAACAAGAAGAUUUGCCACACAACACACUUGUCGGUAACGGGGUACACCAGCCCACAGAGGCCUUCAUAACCCACAUUGGCCAACUUUAGAAGCUCGUUCAUCGGCUGGUCACUUCUGACAGUGUUCACAAGCUAUCACGUGUGGCAUUACGGUGGCAUUUCCUCUCAGCACACUGGCCUUGCUCCCAUAAUGGGGGGAUCGGUACCUCCGACGGGGUAGGAUCUGUGGCUAAACCACGUAUAAUUGGGGGUCAAAAGAUUGGUCAGAAAAGGAACAUUUUCCUGGCUUUGGUGGAAUGGUGCCUUGCCCGAUAAGAACCCAGAUCAGCCUCUGUGGGGCUGGAGGACUCAACUGGAACAACCCUUGAUGACCCAAUGCCUGCUCUGAAUUUGGGGCAGAUAGAAAAACUCCAGUCACUUAAGGCCAUUAAAAUUAUGCGUCAGCACCAGUUA